AUGUACCAGGCCUACCUCCAAGACCAGUGGCCACAUGCAUAUACUGAUGGAUCAGCAGAGGAAGCAACCAGAAAUGGCGGUGGGGGAAUUCAAAUUGAACUUAAAGAUGGGGAAAAAAUUCAGAUAUCCAUUACAACAGGAAAAUACUCCUCCAUUUAUAAGGCAGAAUCAGAAGCCCCGAGGAUUGCUGCAACAGAGCUGAUCAACAAAAUGGAGCUCACACACAGGAAAGUUGUCAUCUUCACAGAUGCUCUCUCUGUACUCCAAGCUCUCAAAGACCCCCAAAGCAAAGAUCUGAAUGAACUUGCUUCUACUCUUUCUGCGCUGAGCUGCACCAUUGAACAACCAACAAUACAAUGGAUACCAUCACACUGCAACAUUCCCGGAAAUGAAGAAGCAGACAGGUUGGCAAAAGAAGGAGGGAAAAUGGUCCAAGAAGAGCUACAAAUAACCAAUGAGGAGAUGAAGGCCAUUGUAAAGCGACGGUGGCUCCUUAACAUCCAGAUCAUAACAGCAGAGACAGUUACUACCAACUUUCAAGAGAAGACCAGGAGAUAG